AGAGGACGAAGUGCAAAAGAAGACGGAAAUAACAUUCACACGCCUGCAUUGUGUUGGAAGUUGUUUUGUUUUACUAACGUUUGAGAGCAGCUACAGCGAGCGAAUAAAGCAAGAAACAAGAGUUAGCUAUGCGCCAUUUUUAAAUUACCAGUAAGCGUUAUUAAGAUAUUUCUCAGUGGACUCGGACUGACAGCAUAAAGUAAGGAUGACUCAGUGGGAGAGACUGAGGCAGCUGCCUGCUGUGUACAGACAACAGUUACAUGAGCUCUAUGACAGGGAUGCUUUACCCAUGGAUGUUCGGCACUACCUGUCAGUCUGGAUAGAGAAGCAGGAAUGGCAACGAGCAGCACGGGAUCAUGAUUUGGCUAUGGUGCUGUUCCAGGUCCUGCUAGAGAACCUGGAUAUCCAGCACAGCCGCUUUAUUCAGGAGGAGUCAUUCUUACUCCAACACAACAUUAGACGCUAUAAACAGAAUUUUCAGAGGUACUUGAAUGACCCGUGUGCCUUGGCAAGCACAAUCCUCUGGUUUCUGGAAAAAGAGAAGGAAAUCCUGCAGAGCGCUGAUCUGGCCGAGCAGGUCAGGAUUUUGUGCGUAGAGCAGGAAGCAAUGGAGACAAGCAGCCAGCAGGACCUUGAACGUAAAAUGGCCGGCCUCAGGAAUGAAGUACAGUGCAUGGAACAUACGAUGUUAUGUUUGGAGGAGCAGCAAGAUGAGUUUGAUUUUAAAUACCAAACACACAAGAUGGAAGCUGCGGUAGAUGAGGCCGUAAAGAAAGAACAAGUGAAAGUUUUUCAGUUACUUGUCAACAAACUGAAUGAAUGUAGAAAGAGCACAUUAUCAGAUUUAAAUAAACUCUUGGACAAGGCUGAGGACCUGAUCGAAAUAUUGGUGAAGCAGGAGCUUGUGGACUGGCAGAGGAGGCAGCAGAAAGCCUACAUUGGUGCUCCAGACAAUGUUUGUCUGGAUCAGCUAGAAAACUGGUUCACUUGUGUGGCAGUGUCUGUGUUCCAGGUGCGUGAGUUUCUUGGUAAGCUGGACGAGCUGGUUGGAAAAGUGUCCUAUGCCAACGACCCUGUGAAGGCCCAAAAACCUGCACUGGAGAAGAGAGCAGAUACUCUUUUGAAAGACUUACUCAAGAGUUCCUUUGUGGUUGAGACUCAGCCAUCCAUGCCUCAGGGCAAAGGACCCCUGGUGCUCCGCACAAACGUCCAGUUCUCUGUCAAGACGAGACUUCUCGUUAAGUUUCCUGAGCUGAACCACUCCAUGAAAGUGAAUGUGUCUAUGGACAGGGAGGCUCCUCAGAUCAAAGGAUAUCGCCGUUUUAAUGUUCUGGGCACCACAACCAAAGCCUUGAACAUGGCAGAGAGCCAGAGUGGAGGCAUGGUGGCAGACUUCAGACAUCUGACUCUGAAGGAGCAGAAGUCUGGAGCUGGCGGCAAGGGAGUCAGUGAUAUCUCCCUCAGUGUCACAGAGGAGCUGCACAUCAUCUACUUCGACACUGUAUUUGAGCAGAAAGGCUUGUCAGUUAAGUUGCAGGCCUCCUCCCUCCCGGUGGUCAUCAUCUCCAACUCCAGCCAGCAGCAGAGCGCCUGGGCGUCUGUCCUCUGGUUCAACAUGCUCUGUCAGAACACCAAGGAUGUCAUGUUCUUUGCAAACUCUCCUGCAGCCCCUUGGCCGGUGUUUGGAGAGAUGUUGAGCUGGCAGUUUCUCUCUGCCACUAAACGUGGUCUGAAUGACACCCAGCUGGAGAUGAUUGCACACAAACUCUUUGGAAAGGGACAGGACUACAACACCUGCAAAGUAGCGUGGUCAAAAUUUAGCAAGGAAAAUACUCCUGACACUUUCUGGGUGUGGUUUGAUGGCAUCUUGGUGAUGGUGAAAACAUACCUUGAAGACCUGUGGAGGGAUGGCCACAUCAUGGGCUUUCUGAGCAAAGGCAAAGAGAAGUUCCUCCUGAAGAAAAAACAAAGAGGCACAUUCUUAUUGCGCUUCAGUGAAAGUGUCAUUGGAGGAAUCACCUUCUCCUGGGUGGACACCACCAUAACUGGUGAGCCGGACAUAAAGACAGUCCAGCCCUUCACCAAAGUCGACCUUUCCCAGAUCCCCUUCCAUGAAAUCAUCAGAAAUUUCCAGAUCUUAGAAGCUGAAAACAUCCCAGAAAAUCCUCUUGUUUACCUGUAUCCCAACACCCCUAAAGACGAGGCUUUCGGAAAAUACUACUCUGAUAAGAGUGGAGAUGACAGUCCUUUCAUAAAGUACAUCAAAACCAAGCUGAUGUUUGUUUCAAAGGAGAACACACUGGAGGCUAGGUCACCCAUGCCCUCUGACAUGGCACAGGGUGAAGGCCUGGAGCCAAUGAAUGGCCUGUGUGGAGAGGCAGCUGAACAAAACGAGAAUCCUCAGUGUCAGGAAAUCUAUCAACCUGAUCCCAUGCUGUCCGACUCUGUUGCAACCCCAGAGGAGGAUUUACUGAUGUAUCUCAACAACCCCAACAUCUUUGUUGACUCAGAAAUCUUGCCUGAAGGUUCGGGGCUGCCUGAUUUCAGUUUUCAAGGAUUUAAUUGCCUGUCCCCACAGUCCUGUGGAAGUAUUUUCCAAUGAGCCUACCAAACCAUUCUAUCAUUCAUCCUCAGCUUUUACUUAGCUAUUUACAUUACAACAUCCACGUCACAAAAUUGUAGUGUACGCAGCAAACUAGCAACGAGUACAUUGCGCAAACUGCACAUAAUUUAUUGUUUCAAUGUUUGUUGGGAGUCCUUUUAUGGUUGUUGUAAUGUUGCCACCUACAGCUUGAGAUAAACUACUUAAACAUGGCACUUCUUUCCUUUAAGUUAUAUGCUUUUAUAUUAACCUGCUCAUUUAAAUCAAACUGAAAUGUUAUCACCAAUAAAAGGGAAAUGAACAGUUGCAUGUUUUUUUUUUCUUUUAUUAACAACUUAAUGUUGAAUAAACAAAUGUGAGAAAUUGUUCAAUUGUUUAUGUUAAAAAAAACCCAAUAUAAAUAAAACCUAAUUCUGUGCCUCUCUA